AUGAAGGAGCUGAAAGCAGCAGCACCAGCCAAACAAGACAUUUUAAGGGACUACCUAGCAUACUAUGGCACGAAGUGGUGGGAAGGAAAACUUUUGAUCUGCAACGAGACAACGAUAAAAGCAAAAGCUAAACACUUCCUGGAGUCUGGUGCCUGCCCUGCUGAGAGAUUUAGCAGGUUUGGCUUCUACAGCAUUGCAGAGAAUUGUUUAAAGAUGAAAAAGCAACAAGGAGGCAAUGUUUUCAAAAGCCUCAUCCAAGCUUUCGAAUUCCUAGAGCUGCUCUGCAUCAACCUGUUCCUCUCUCCUUGGAGAAAAGAAAUAAAGUCGCUGAAGACGUUUACAGGUAAUUUUGUCUACUUUGUUCAAUCAGUGCUCCCAGAGAAUGUAGUAAAAACAAUACUGGAGAAAAUAGGUUACAUUGCAACAACAGCAACAGAGUAUUCACUUGUUAGAAAGAUAAAUGAGGAGGAAACAAAAGAGACUGCAUUUGAAAUAUUUCUUGCAAGAAUCGAGUGUGAAACCAUCCUUGAAAUGAUAAACGAAGUGCAACCCAGUGAUUUGGGGGAUAUUCUACAGAGGAGAGCACAAAUGCAUUGGUAUCAUGAAGAGAACAAGGACAGAGAGAGUCAACCCUUCCAGAGAGAGGACCCUGAAAAUCUGGGAAACAAAGAAAAUAAUGAGAUUUCUUCAUGCCUUGGCACUCAACAGAAGUCCUCAACAAAGAGUGAGAAAUCCUUUGAAACUGCUGGAAAUAUUAAGAUCAAAGAUGAAUCCCAUUUUAAACCUGCUGCUGCUAUGCCUCAGUUACCAUCUACUCAGUCCACUAGCAGGCUUCAAGCACACCAAAGGCAAGUCAGUGAGUCGGCACACUCUCAUGGCAAAUGCUCAGAUAGCGAAGACUUCUUGAACAAAUACAGUGACAUUGUCAUAGGACAAAAGCCUAUCUUCAGUGAGAAUUCUUCUCAGAAAGCGUUCGAAGAGAAGCUAAGAGGCGAUCAGAGUGAAGAAUGCGUUUUGGUGAUCUCAACACCGUUGACAGCAAACGAAGCUGGACCCAAACCACUCUCACCAGGUGCAAGCGGCCCACAAGCCUUUGCAAUAUUUACUGACACUACUCCUGAAAGCAGAAAUGCCCUUGAUAAAUACAGAGCCCAAGAGGUCCCUGAAGAAACCAUCGAAGCAAAAAUCAGUGAUGCCAUGAAUUGCAUAGGCAACCCCACAAAUCCUGCAGAUCAACCCCAGGAGCUGAAGCCCCUGUCCCAUGGUAAUACAGUUGUUACAGAAUGUAAUUUAACCAGAGAAGACAAAGUUUGUGAAGUGUCUUUAUCUUUUAGCAAACUAAAAAUCCAGGAAGCCAGUGAUGAAGAGCUUAUGUAUCCAAUAGAGGAAACUGCACAGCCUGAGUGUAUAAUGAACGUAAAUAUAAGUGAUAAAGACUCCAGAGAAUGCAAUCACUCCAAGAUGAAAUAUACAUAUCCAGCUAGGGUUCAGACAACAAAUAAAGCAUCUUUCAGUGUUGGUCAGUCUUCCUCAAACCUACUUGGUAAUGCCAGUGGGGGCCCCGAGUGUCCUACCACUGGCUCAGAUAACAAGAGACUAUUAAUGGAUGUGCCUGGUACACAUGCAACUUCAGAGGGUUUCAGACACAUCAGAGAGCCACCUAAUCUCACUUACAUCCCUCCCAGAAGUAUUUAUGUUCCACCUUCAGGCCAUAGCACCACCACUGUGAAUUGUAGGAAGAGCCACUUACAGCCUGAAGGAGGCUUGCUUGAGUCCUCUUCAUCUACAGACAAAGGAAAGUUUGAGACUCACACUUCAAACGUGAAUGAAACUAACCAAGAGGACUAUGUAUUUAUCAUCAAGGAUGAUGAAUAAGGAAUGCCAGGCCCAUAUGAUUCUGCCAAUGCCUUUCACUGUUGGUCUACAACAUACAUGUAUUUCCAGGCUGGUCUUGGUCCUCUCUUGAGCAAAGAUUUGUCAUACCAAAGCACGUGCUGCAUUUGGAUAGUGAAGAAAGGGUCCAUUAGAGUCUGCUCUAUUUGUCUUCAGUGAUCACACUGAUACUCAGAUGCUCAGACUUGAAUGCUCACCUGUCUUUAAUUUGUGUAUUAAAAAUGAGGAUAAAUUCACAAAUGUAUUUGAUAUGAUGUAUAAGUUAGACACCAGGGCCUGCUGUAUUUGGUUUCUGACAGAUUUUUCAAAUGCAUAUACUGCCAUUUUUUCCUCUUUCUCUCUCAAACAAGUUAUUCUUGCAGCAAGGCAGCAAAUUUACCUCAAAGAAUGAAAUAAAGUCUAAAAUGUUGUGCAAUGGGAAAAAUAGAUAAAUGUUUCCAAAUUAAGAUUCACUGUUUAUAGCCUCUCUCGUGCCACAUUAAAAUUAUGUUUGAAGCUCAUCUCCAGUUGCUCAUAACAUUUCAAUGAAGUUAACUUUUGAGAUAAUAUUCCUUUUGCUUGUUCUCAGUCCUAAAAUUGAUUUAGAAAGUUUGGUAAAAUUCUGUUUAGACAUUCAGAAAAAAAAACACCAGAGGUAAAACACACUCUGGUAAGACAUUGCUAGAUGUAUUUUUGCAUUAGAAUAAUCCUGCGGGUCUUCUAAAUAUACUUGAUUCUAUACAAUUAUAGGUUUUGAUACUUGCCUCUGUUUGCUACCACCAAAAAAUUUGUUUUGUCUUAGGCCCCAGUUCUGAAAUUCGACUCUCACACAAACCCUUAUAUCUGUACAAAAUUCUGUUGAACUCAGUGGUGCUUAGCGCAGGAAAGGAGACUUUCCUCAUGAAUCAGAUGGCUGGCUUGGGGCCUUAAUGAAGACUAGUGCCUUUAACUAAUAUGACAAAAAUUAUUAUUAAUGAAGUUAUAACCAUUUGAAAACUACAUGCUUCUAUUGCACUAUACAUUGUUUCUACUAACUUUUUAGCAAUAUAAUGAAGCUCCAUACUCCAGAUAUACUCCCAUGUACAGAUACACCAAAAUUUUCAACAAUACAUGCUAAAGUUAGAACUAAAGGUAGGCUCCUAAAUAAGUAGCCUGAGUGCUAACCAGCCACUGACUUCAAUGGGAGUUGGUUUUGGUCACUUAUUCAGGAGCCCUCUAUUGUCUAACUUAAGCAUUCAAAAAUCAUGAGUCAGGCCCAUACGAAUUAUGGAAUUUUUUGGUAUAUAUGUUUCAAUUUCUUGCCUUGUCUUCUCGGUUUUGAUUCCUUAGGGUUCACAUUUUCAAUUUUUUCUCCAUGAGGGCUAGAAACACACUUUAAACACCAUUUCCCCC